GAAAGAUUCUAGGAAAGACACCACCCCCCCAACCGCCACUUCGACGCGUUACCGAGUGAUAUUUCGCGCCGAAUAGCCUCGCGAUGAUGAACGUAUAAUCGGCCACCCAAUUGGCGCCGCGAUGGACUCCCCCGCACCCAAAAGGCGGCGAACAUCGCCUCGAAACGCCGUGCCCGCCGACCCAGAUGCAGAAGCACAGUCGGCAACACCACGAGACGCCCCGCCGCCGUCCGCUUCUUCGCCCAGUCGGCCGUCCUUUGCCUCUCUCACGAGAGCAAGCCUUGAGCGGUACAAUCCCGACAUCUUGCGACGGCGAGAGAGCCAGCCAAGGCGACUGCGCUCGUCGCCAGAUGCGCCUCCCUCUGCCUCGCGCGCGGCUACGCCCGAUAGUACGGGGGGUUUGACUCGGGCCAUGCGGACUCAACUUGACCUGCGCUCUGCGACUCGCGAUGGUGGAGGACAAGCGGCAUCGGAAAGGGACAGUGUUCUGCGAUCGCCUGCGAGACGCCUGGGUCCUAGGAAGAGCCCAACGCGACCAAUGCCGAGACCACUUCCGCCGCCUGCCCCUGAGGAGGAUGACGAGUUAUUGAAGGCCAUUUCCGCGCGUCUGCACCCCGGCGUGCCUCCUGGGGUCCUCCCCGACGUGGCCGAUCCCGAGCCUGAGCUCCCCCCGACCCCUCAACAUCCCGAUCCGGUCGUCAGCACUCCUCCUUCCGGGAUACACAACACACCUUCGCGGCGACCCAAGCGGAACCGAGCACUGGCCGAGAGGCUUAAGAGUUCCUCGCCACUCAAACCGUCGCCGAUACGCCUGGGAAAGUCCGCGAAUGGCGCCCUCCCUUUCUCGCUGCCAGCCAAGAACGCUCAGGCUGAAACGGCAGCCGUUACGGAGCCCGCGCCGCCUCCCGCUGAGUCACGCGGUCUGAAACCGGCCGACCCAGACGCGGAGAAGAAGAGGCUGCGCGAUUCGUUGCUGGCCGAGAUCAGCCGCCUCGAGCGAGACCUGGACAUCGCAAGCAGAGAGAACGAGCGCAUCCGACAGGCGCGCCUCUCCCGACGCGAGCCGUCCCCUCCCGCCAACGGGGACGAGAUCCUCGACCUCCUCGCUCGCCAUGUUCUCCCGCCAGGCACCAGCGCGCCAAAACCGGACCCCAUCGAGGACUUGGUCGCCUCGGCGCUCAACCCCAUCGCCUUCCUCCCGUUCAGCAAGCCCUCCCCAUCCGGGCCGCCGACCCUCCAACGAAUCCAGGCACCGCGCCGGACGCAAGCUGGAGAGGACGGCGGCGGCGGCGAAGAACUGCCCCCGCCCGUCUCUCACCACCCCCUCCCCAUGACGGCCGCCGAGGCCCUCCCGUACCUCCGGGUGUUCACCCCGCUGACCUUCACCGCCCACGUCUCGCCGCUGCCACGCGCCGAGAGCGGCAGCGGCGGCGACGGCACCGCGGAUGCGCCCCUGCUGCAGCAGCACAGCAUCACGGCAUCGUCCGCCUCGCCGCGCGGCCUCUUCGCGGCCCGCAUCGAGAUGACGGUCAACACCAAGACCAUGGCCGUCGCCUCGCUCGCCGUGCCCCGCCUGGACCCGGCCGCCGAGGCGGAGCUGCGGCCGUUCAUCAACAAGGUAGUAGGGGCGGGUGAGAAUGAAAACGGCGGCGGCGGCGGCAGCAGCGGGCUAUACAACAACGUCAGCGUCUUGACCUGGGCCAUGGGCGAGUGGCUGCGCGUGGCGGUGCAGCGCGCGAAGGCGUGGAUCGUGCUGGAGAGGGAGGUUGGCGGCAGCAAGGAAGCCUUUGGGGAGAUGGUUCGCAGGAUGAGGGCAGGGCAGGUGGCGGGACAAAGGAAUCCGAGAAGAAGGAUGAGGAGGAGGAGAAGGAGGCGAUGGGUUGAGCGGGGAGGGGAGGAGGCGGAGGCGGAGGCGGAGGCGGCGGAGGAGGAGGAGGAGGGGGAAGACGAAGAAGCGGAUCAGGAUGGGGGAAGUGAGGGGGAGGACGGAGAGGGCGAGAGCGUAGAUGGGACGACGAUGGAGAAAUACGGGACGGCGGAUCUGUUGCCGUUUAUGGGGCGGACGUGCAUUGACCUGGAAGUCCCCGUGUUGGAGGGCCGGGGAAGAGGAGAGAAAUCGAUGCUACGGGUGCAGUGGCGGAUUGGCUUUGACUGGACGGGAGAGGCACAGAGCGAGAUUGGGGUGCUGGUCGGGUUGCCGGCCAAGUGGCACAAGCACGACGAGAGAGGGCAGCUGUCUGGCCUUCCAAAGCUGUUUGAUGAGCUGAUUCAAGGGGGGGAGGAUCCCCUCAAUGCCGUCCGGACAGUGGUCUGCUUGCUAGCAGGGGAGCAGCGAGCGACUUGAAGACGGAGGAGAACAACCCAAGAAUAAUAAAACCCGUCCAAUCUGCAUG